CCCGGCUUGCUGACGUUACAUACCUUGAGGGGGAGCAGAAAACACGCUCGCGAGUUUUUCCCCUCCUCGCUUACCUGUUGGCCUGCCUGGAUUUUCACGGCAGGUGUUGUGAGGUCCAGUUUGUGUUUGAUGGGUGUGUCAGUGGCCGGGACUCUGGGAGCCUCGACAUGAGUUCAUGUGCUCUACAAGCGUUGCUCUAGCCUCCGGCGAACGGAAAGUGCAUAUUUCAUGGGAUUACAUUGCGGCCGCUUAUUGGAACUCCGGAUUGCGCUGCACCAUCGGCAGGACUUCAAGCUUUGAUGCUGAACUCCUCCUGCCAAGAUGGUCAUAGUUACGCGGGGCGACUACAUCUGGAUAGAGCCGCAGGCGAAGCGGGAGUUUGACGUCGCCAUCGGAGCCAGAGUCGCUUCGGCCGAAGGCAGAAGGAUACAGGUUAUCGACGACGACGGCAAGGAACAAUGGCUGACACCGGAGAGGCGCAUCAAGGCGAUGCACCCGACGUCCAUCCAGGGCGUGGAGGACAUGAUCUCCCUGGGGGACCUGCACGAAGCGGGCAUCCUCAGGAACCUGCUCAUUCGCUACAACGAGAACCUCAUCUACACUUACACGGGAUCCAUCUUAGUAGCAGUAAAUCCCUACCAGAUUCUGCCCAUCUACACGGCAGAGCAGAUCAAGCUAUACAAGGACAAGAAGAUCGGAGAGCUGCCUCCGCACAUCUUUGCCAUUGGUGACAAUGCCUACACAAACAUGAAGAGGUUUCAUGUGAACCAAUGUGUCAUCAUCAGUGGUGAGAGUGGAGCAGGCAAGACGGAAAGCACAAAGUUAAUUCUCCAGUACUUGGCAGCUAUUAGCGGCCAGCACUCAUGGAUAGAGCAGCAAAUCCUAGAAGCUAAUCCAAUCUUGGAAGCAUUUGGGAAUGCGAAGACUAUCCGGAAUGAUAACUCCAGUAGGUUUGGAAAAUACAUUGAUAUUCACUUCAACAAGCAGGGUAUUAUUGAAGGUGCCAAAAUCGAACAGUACCUGCUUGAAAAGUCUCGGAUUGUGAGCCAAGCACAGUAUGAAAGGAAUUACCACAUAUUCUACUGCAUGCUGUCAGGGUUGAGUAAGGAAGACAAGGGGAAACUAGAGCUGCAAGAUGCCUCAAAAUACCAUUAUUUGACUCAGGGAGGAAGCAUCACUUGCGAAGGCCGGGAUGACGCAGCUGAAUUUGCUGACAUUCGGUCGGCCAUGAAGGUGCUAAUGUUUUCAGACCAUGAAAUUUGGGACAUUCUCAAGAUAUUGGGCAUUGUGCUACACCUUGGCAACAUCAAGUAUAAACCUCGGCUAAUUGACAACCUUGAUGCUGUGGAGAUAAUUGGCGCCGGGAGUGUCCAGAGCGCUGCGAAACUGCUUGAGGUCAAUCAGCAGCACCUGAUGGAUGCCUUGACAACUCGUACCAUAUUCGCGCACGGGGACACUGUAGUCUCAACGAUGAGUAUGGACCAGUCCAAGGAUGUGCGUGAUGCAUUCGUCAAGGGAAUCUAUGGCCGCAUGUUCAUCUGGAUUGUGAAUAAGAUAAACUCGGCAAUCCACAAGCCGAAGUCUGCUGCGGGUCAUUACCGAACGUCCAUAGGUGUGCUCGAUAUCUUUGGCUUUGAGAACUUCGCUGUCAACAGCUUCGAGCAGUUCUGCAUCAACUAUGCCAAUGAGAACCUGCAGCAGUUCUUUGUGCGACACAUCUUCAAGCUGGAGCAGGAGGAGUACAAUCUCGAGUGCAUCAACUGGCAGCACAUUGAGUUCGUGGACAACCAGGACUGCCUGGACCUCAUCGCAGUCAAGCCCAUGAACAUCAUGGCACUGAUUGAUGAGGAAAGCAAGUUCCCCAAGGGCACCGACCAGACGUUGCUAAACAAGCUGCACAAGACACACGGAACUAACAAGAACUACCUUAAGCCGAAGUCUGACAUCAACACAGCAUUUGGCCUGAGCCAUUUUGCGGGGGUGGUCUUUUACGAUGCCCGAAACUUCCUGGAGAAGAAUCGGGACACAUUUAGCGCCGACCUGAUCCAGUUAAUACAAGUCAGCAACAACAAGUUUCUUCAGAACCUCUUCGUCAAUGACAUCGGCAUGGGUACAGACACUCGUAAGAAGACACCAACACUGAGUGCCCAGUUCAAGAGGUCCCUUGACUCCCUGAUGAAGGCGUUAAGUCAGUGCCACCCAUUCUUCAUCAGGUGCAUCAAGCCUAACGAGAACAAGAAGCCUAUGAUGUUCGAUCGGGAGCUGUGCUGCAAACAGCUGCGCUACUCUGGCAUGAUGGAGACCAUCCGCAUUCGACGGGCAGGCUACCCGAUCCGGCACACGUUUCGGGAGUUUGUCGAGCGCUACCGCUUUCUCAUCCCUGGCGUCGGCCCCGUGCACAAGGUUGACUGCCGUGCGGCCACAGCUCGAAUCACAGCCGCUGUUCUCGGCAAGGCCGACUACCAGAUGGGGAAGACCAAAGUGUUCCUCAAGGAUGCGCAUGACCUGUUUCUGGAGCAGGAGAGGGACCGCGUGCUGACCCGCAAGAUCUUGAUUCUGCAAAAGGCCAUUCGUGGCUGGUACUACCGACGUCGCUUCCUCAAGAUGCGCAAGAGCACGCUUACCAUUCAGCGGUGCUUCAGGGCCUACCUGCAGCGAAAGCGCUUCAUGGCGAUGAGGACAGGCUACCAGCGGCUACAAGCCUUGAUCCGGUCUCGCGUCCUCUCGCAUCGCUUCAAGCAUCUGCGGGGACACAUUGUGACUCUCCAGGCUCUCUGCAGAGGCUUUGUGGUGCGUCGAGAGUACCAGAAGAAGCACGCUGCUGUGAUCAAGAUCCAGGCAUUUGUCCGCAGGGUCAUUGCCCAGAAAAACUACCAGAGGAUGAAGAUAGAGCAUCAGCACAUUAUCGAAGCCAUGCGACUCAGGGAGCAGGAGGAGGCCAUGCUGAAGAAGCAGAUGAACCCAAAAAAGGCUCGUGAAAUUGCCGAGCAGAAGUUCAGGGAGCGUCUGCAAGAACUGCACAUCAGGCAGCAGGAGGAAGACGUUCUGGUCCGACGCAGCUUGGAACAGAAGAUGGCCGUCAUCAAGGAUGCUGCGAGUCGGCAAGAUGAGCCUCUUGAUGACUCCAAGCUGGUUGAUGUCAUAUUUGACUUUUUACCUCGGUCGGAGUCCGUCAACGAGCAGGUGGGCCCAUCAGGAUUCAAGGACCUGGAGGCUUCUCGGGAGAAUGCCAUCAAUGGGGGCGAGGUGGAGGGCUCAAUUCCAGCGGUGCCCGAAGACAAGGAUGACCUCAGCGAGUACAAGUUCCAGAAGUUUGCGGCCACCUACUUUCAAGGAAGCGCCAGCCACCAAUACCAGCGAAAGCCUCUCAAGAACUCUCUGCUUCCCCUGCAGACACAGGGUGACACCAUGGCUGCCUUGGCACUAUGGAUUACAAUUUUGCGAUUCAUGGGUGACCUGCCGGAACCUAAGUUCCAUACCAUGGACAGGGACAACUCAUCUGUGAUGAGCAAAGUCACUGCCACCUUGGGUCGCAACUUCAUCAAGACCAAGGACUUCCGUGAAGCUCAAAUGAUGGGUGUUGACACAGACUCGUAUACCAAGCAGAAGUCUCGUAGCAUCCGUAACAAGCUAGUGUCGCUGACCCUCAAACGCAAGAACAAGAUCACGGAAGAUGUGAGGCGCCACCUUCAGGAAGAAGAGCUGGCAGCCGACAACUACAGCCACUGGCUCGAGAGCCGGCCUACCUCCAAUCUGGAGAAGCUGCACUUCAUCAUCGGCCAUGGCAUUCUGCGAGAGGAGCUCAGGGACGAAAUUUACUGUCAGAUCUGCAAGCAGCUGACUAACAACCCAGAGAAGAAUUCCCAUGCCAGGGGCUGGAUCCUGCUGUCACUCUGUGUUGGGUGUUUUGCUCCCUCUGACAAGUUUGUCAAGUACCUGCUCAACCUGAUCAGGGAGGGCCCACCAGGCUAUGCACCGUACUGUGAGGAGCGGCUACGGCGCACCUUUAUGAAUGGCACAAGGGGCCAGCCGCCAUCAUGGCUGGAGCUGCAGGCCACAAAGUCUAAGAAGCCCCUAAUGCUGCCCAUCACCUUCAUGGACGGCAACACUCGAACCCUGUUGGCCGACUCGGCUACUACUGCUCGUGAGCUCUGUGCACAACUGUCUGCCAAGAUUGGACUGCGGGACCAGUUUGGAUUCUCCCUCUACAUAGCUCUCUUUGACAAGGUUUCGUCACUUGGCAGCGGUGGAGAGCACGUGAUGGACGCCAUCUCGCAGUGCGAACAGUACACGAAAGAACAAGGGGCACAGGAGCGCAAUGCCCCCUGGCGGCUAUUCUUCCGAAAGGAGAUCUUCGCGCCCUGGCAUGAUCCCACUCAGGAUCCCGAAGCCACCAACCUGAUCUUCCAACAAGUGGUUCGUGGCAUCAAGUUUGGGGAGUACAAGUGCGACAAGGAGGAAGAUCUGGCCAUGAUAGCAGCUCAGCAGUAUUAUGUUGACCACGGCACGGAGCUGAACAUGGAGACUCUUCUGGCCUUGUUGCCGACAUACAUCCCCGACAACUGCCUCCAGGCCAGUGACAAAGCUCUGGAGAGGUGGGCUGGCCUUGUUGUGCAGGCACUGAACAAGAGCUACUUUUUCCGAGAGAGAGUGCCCCCUCUGCGUGUGAAAGAAGAUGUGGUGGAGUACGCGAAGCUCAAGUGGCCACUCCUCUUCUCCCGCUUCUACGAGGCCUUGCGCUCCUCAGGUCCCCACCUGCCAAAGAAUGAUGUCAUCAUUGCCAUAAACUGGACAGGCGUCUACGUCGUCGAUGAGCAAGAGCAAGUGUUGCUCGAGCUUUCCUUCCCAGAGAUCACCUCAGUUGCCAGCCACAAGGGCAAUCGUCCCUUCUUGCAGAGCUUCACGCUUAGCACUGUGCGUGGGGAGGAAUUCACUUUCCAGUCUCCCAACUCCGAGGAUGUGCGGGACUUGGUCGACUUCUUCCUGGAAGGUCUCAAGAAGCGAUCCAAGUUUGUCAUUUCCCUACAGGAAUACAAAGGGGACGCAGCAAACUACUUAAGCUUCGAACAGGGUGACCUCAUACUGCUGGAGGACAACAUGUGUGGGGAACACGUGCUUAAUAACAACUGGUGCACAGGUCGUAACGAGCGGACAGGCGAGAAGGGUGACUUUGCCUCAGACUACGUGUACGUGCUGCCUGCGCUGUCGAAACCGCCAAACAACAUCCUGGCACUGUUCACUCAAGACGGUGCAGAGAAUGGCAAGAAGCUGUUCCAGCACACACAGACCAAUGGAGUGGAAUCUCGGGAGCAUCCACACACUUUGGAAGAAUACGCGCUGGACUUCUUCAGGCCGCUUCCCAAGAAGAGUCUUCAGCGCACGCUGACGUUGUCUUCUGCAAGGCGGCGAGACGGCGAACAACUCUGGCGCCACUCGCGAGAACCCCUCAAGCAGCCAUUGCUCAAGAAGCUUCUCAACAAGGAAGAGCUGAGCCAAGAGGCCUGCUUUGCCUUCAAUGCUAUUCUGAAGUAUAUGGGUGACCUGCCGUCCCGAAGAACAAGAUCGGGCAAUGAGCUCACCGACCAGCUUUUUGAAGGUCCCCUGAAGCAUGAAAUACUGAGGGAUGAGAUCUACUGCCAAAUAAUGAAGCAGCUGACCGACAACAAGAACAGGCUCAGUGAGGAGCGGGGCUGGGAACUGAUGUGGCUGGCCACAGGACUGUUUGCACCUAGCCAAUCGCUCCUAAAGGAGCUGACACAGUUUCUCAGGACAAGGGCGCAUCCCAUCUCACUGGACUCGCUGCAGCGGCUUCAGAAGACACUAAGGACUGGUCAGCGGAAGUACCCACCCCACUUAGUGGAGGUUGAAGCCAUCCAGCACAAGACGACCCAGAUCUUCCACAAGGUCUACUUCCCCGAUGACACUGAUGAGGCAUUUGAAGUGGACUCUGGCACACGAGCCAAGGAUUUCUGUCUAAACAUCAGCCAGCGACUGAACUUGCGAACUGCCGAGGGAUUCAGCUUAUUUGUAAAAAUCGCUGACAAGGUCAUCAGUGUACCAGAAGGGGACUUCUUUUUCGACUUUGUCCGGCACCUUACUGACUGGAUUCGCAAAGCCAGGCCAACGAGAGAUGUGUGCUUUCAGGCAUGCUUGCGAAUGUCGAGCAUCAUCCAGGGGCAUGGUGGAACCACCGAGCACCACCAAUCGAAAAGAUCUAUACCUCAGUUCACGUACCAAGUGUUCUUCAUGAAGAAGCUCUGGACAAACACCAUACCUGGGAAGGACAAGAAUGCAGACAUCAUCUUCCAUUUUCACCAGGAACUGCCCAAGUUGCUUCGUGGCUACCACAAGUGCACCAAGGAAGAGGCCGCCAAGCUCGCUGCCCUUAUAUACAGGGUUCGAUUCGGGGAGAGCAAGGUGGAACUGCAGGCUGUCCCGUCCAUGCUCAGAGAGCUUGUUCCCGCAGACAUGAUCAAGGCACAGAGUGCCAAUGACUGGAAGAGGGCUAUCGUAGCUGCUUAUAACCAGGAUGCAGGAACGUCGCAAGAAGACGCCAAGAUUAUGUUCUUGAAAAUCAUCUACAAAUGGCCAACAUUUGGCUCGGCAUUCUUUGAAGUCAAGCAAACUACGGAGCCAACAUACCCAGAGCAGCUGUUGAUUGCCAUUAACAAGCAGGGAGUGAGUUUGAUUCAUCCAGUUUCCAAGGAUAUCCUAGUCACCCACCCAUUCACGCGCAUCUCCAAUUGGAGCAGCGGGAACACUUACUUCCACAUGACCAUUGGCAACCUGGUGCGCGGUAACAAGCUGCUAUGCGAGACACCCCUUGGCUACAAAAUGGAUGACUUACUGACUUCAUACAUCAGCCUGCUGCUAACAAACAUGAACAAACAAAGGACUCUGCGAGUGAAGCAGUGAAAUGCGAGCUGGCACGCCGUCCAAUGUAAUAGCAGCUUUUGUCGCCAAGCUGUUCGUAAGCUGCCAUGGGAAUAUCGUUCUGCAUUUCUUACACGCGUGCGCAUUGAAAUGCCAGCACGCACGACAACAGUUUAACAGAGGGUCAGGGUUUUCACUCAUGCAAAACUUGACGGCAGUCUGCGCAUCUUUUAUCACCUUGUGCCUGCUGUUAUGUCUGUCAAAACAGCGUUUCACUCCAAGAGGCUGCUAAGUGUGAUGUCCGUCCAUGCAGGUGUGCUGAGCAUGGCUCAGUUUGUCACCCUUAAGCAAGCGACACGAGUGUGUUAGUGUUUACUUGUCAAUACUAUACACAUAAUACUGAGUGGGAAGUGCUGUCCUUCUCCUUUCCCCUCAUCGGUCCGGUACUGUUAAUGAGAGUCUACACAAGGCAGCGGCACAUGUGAAGAUGAACUUCGGUUUUCACCACUUACACACACCUUACAGUAUGCAGGGUUCUGUUUUUUGUUUUUCUUAUCUUCCUUCUCAUUCACUUUACGUUGAAGCCUUGGAAAGGCAGUCAUUCUUGACCUGACAGCCUGUCGAUAUUCUUUUUGUUUGUAUGAAAACGUGAUGACAUUUUAUUUAUCUUUUAUGUAGGACCCAACUCCACUCAUGACAUUUUUUUGUGAUUGUUCGCGGUGCAAGAAUUCGUUGCAGGCAAGUUGCAACUUUUCUUCUUGACAGUGUGAAAAAUCAAAAAUUCGCAGCCAAGCUGCUCUUUUUUUCUAAUUUUUUUAUUUCGUUUUUGACAUGUACUUCUCAGAGUUGUGAACAUAGAUAGAAGGCAGCAGAGAGCCUGUGUGCUCUCACUUGUGGCAGCCAAUAUUUCCACUGUACAAAAUAUACUGCGAUGAACAUCUCUGCAGCACAUUCCAGCGUGGAGGGUGUGGUAACGUCAAGUAAUCGCAAACUUCUGUAAAUGAAUGAACGUACAUUCCAGACAAUAAAAGCAAGAAUAACAGA